AUGUCUGGAUGGAUAAAUGAUUUCUUUGCAGCGGGCCAUUUGGGUAGCGGAGGCAAGGGCGGCAACAUAUUCUACGUAAUCUUGAGAGAUUUCGGUAAAGAGUUUUCCAUCAAAGCUAUGUGGAGACUGGCCCGAUUGACUUCCAGCUAUUUGAUGAACUCAGGAUUUUCUAUCGGUAUUGGAGAUGUGACUCCCGGCGAAGAAUUAGUUAAACGUAAAAAUGCCUUGUUAACCGAUGGUUAUCAGAAAUGUCAAGAAUACAUUAGGCAAACGGCUCAAGGUAAGCUGCAAUGUCAACCAGGUUGUAGCGCAGAAGAAACCCUAGAAGCCAUAAUUUUAAAAGAACUGUCGGUUAUAAGAGAACGCGCUGAUCAGGCUUGUGUGGCUGAAUUGCAUUCGACCAAUAGUCACUUGUCAGGUUCCAAAGGAUCGUUUAUUAAUGUUUCUCAAAUGAUUGCUUGCGUAGGACAGCAAGCUUUGAAUGGAAAAAGAGUGCCUAAUGGAUUCGACAAUAGAUCUUUACCGCAUCAUUACCGAGGUAGUACCGUUGACAAAGCGAAGAAAUGUGGAUCUGGAAGGGCUUACGCUUUUUGGAUCGAGACUUGUUCCAUCCGGUGUGGUCAAAUAUCUAGGAGUCAUCAUUGGCCUAGAAAUAUUACGUUAACAGGGUCGUCCAGAGAGCCACUGCUAGCUUUUGAGCUUGUAGAAGAUCCAUCGGACACACCUGGGACUUACAACCCCAUAUAG